AGUCUCUGUCUGUUGUGCAAGCUACCAGUCACUCCCCUCAAUUCUACAACCUGCUGAGGUUUUAUGAUAUAACAGAAAGUCUCCAACCUUACUCUAUACUUCCAGGCUGCAGUUGCCCAAAUCGUCACGCCCAUAAUCGCGCACCAUGCCUGCCGAAAAAGUUCCCGACACCCCAGUGGAAGUCCUUGUGGAUAUCCUAACAAAAGCCAAGGAGUUUGCAGUGAAUGGCAAUGUGCCAGAGGAGUUGACAAUCCAGCUGCAGAAGGCUUUGGACAUAGCCAGCGGCCUGGACGACUACCUGGAGAAAAUGACCACACAGGAGAGUGAACCCCUCGCAGAGCUAUAUAAAAAAACUAUUUCCCAUGACUGGGAUCAAGUCCACAAGGAGGGUAAAACUAUGUUCCGGCUCCCCAAGGAGUGCAUCACCGGACACGUUGAAGGCCAGACCCUGAAGAUGCUGAUCCACAUGAGUCAAGCAAAGAGGGUUCUAGAGAUCGGGAUGUUCACCGGCUACGGGGCACUGUCAAUGGCUGAGGGGCUUCCUGAGGAUGGCUGUUUGAUUGCCUGCGAGUUAGAGCCAUACCUUAAAGACUUUGCUCAGCCCAUAUUCAACAAGUCUCCACAUGGCAGGAAGAUCACUGUCAAGACUGGAUCUGCCAUGGACACCCUGAAGGAAUUGGCUGCUGCGGGCGAGCAAUUUGACAUGGUCUUCAUUGAUGCCGACAAAGACAAUUACAUCAACUACUACAACUUUAUUCUGGACAACAGUCUGCUGAGAUUGCAGGGGGUCAUAUGUGUGGACAACACCCUGUUCAAAGCCAAGGUCUAUCUCAAAGAUGCCACGGAUAGCAACGGACUGGCACUCCGGAAAUUCAACCAGUUUGUCUGUGACGAUCCGCGCGUGGAGCAGGUCAUCCUUCCUCUUAGAGAUGGCAUUAGUGUUAUCCGUCAAGUAUCUGGGGCCUUGAGUUCAAAAACACAGAAUAAAAUAACAGAUGACGAAGUUUUCCGCGGGGUCAAGGGCCGCCCCAUCCUCGAUCGGAUGCGUCUUGAUGGGAAGGUUGCCUACGUGACGGGUGCCGGGCAGGGCAUCGGUCGAGCGUUCGCUCAUGCUCUGGGCGAGGCCGGUGCCAAGGUGGCCAUCGUUGACCUGGACCAAAAUAAAGCUCAGGCAGUGGCUGAAGAGCUGCACCUCAAAGGCAUCAUUUCCAUUCCUAUCAUAGCGGACAUCAGCAAACCAGACGAUGUCCAGAGCAUGGUUGACGACAUCGUCUCCAAGUGGGGGACGGUCCACAUCGCCUGCAACAACGCCGGCAUCAACCAGAACUCGGCCAGUGAGGACACCAGUCUGGAGGAGUGGGACCAGACCUUCAACGUCAACCUGAGGGGGACCUUCCUGUGCUGCCAGGCUGCAGGUCGAGUGAUGUUGAAGCAAGGAUACGGCAAGAUUAUCAACACAGCCUCCAUGGCCAGUCUAAUAGUCCCCCACCCCCAGAAGCAGCUUUCCUACAACACAUCCAAGGCUGGAGUGGUGAAACUGACUCAGACUCUGGGCACUGAAUGGAUCGACAGAGGAGUGCAUGUCAACUGCAUCUCACCGGGGAUUGUUGACACCCCUCUCAUCCACUCGGAGAGUCUGAGGCCUCUGGUGCAGCGCUGGCUGUCAGAUAUCCCUGCUGGUAGACUGGCUCAAGUGACAGACCUGCAAGCUGCAGUGGUCUACUUGGCAUGUGACGCCUCCGACUACAUGACAGGGCAUAACUUAGUCAUAGAGGGUGGGCAAAGUCUGUGGUAGAUGAAGAGAGGAAACUUUCCUCUUCACUCUCCUGGAAUGAGUCUCUAAAAGAAGGUGUCAUCCUUACUCCUUAUGAUCUCCUUAUGAUCUCAUUCCCAUUAGUAUUAGUUUAAGUCUUACUUAAUUACUGGUUGAUUGUGUGAUGAGAUAAGUAGUAUCCUCUUUGUGCCCCCUGUUUGGGACCAGUGUGCUGUCACGUGGGCUAUGACACCCUUAACUUUAUGAAGAGUAUGGAAAACACUGCAUCAAGUUAAAUUCUAGCAGCUCUCGGUUCUCUUGUCACACAAUGACAAUGUGAAGACAUGUCUGAGAAAAUCUCUGUGAAGUGCAAGAAAGAAAAAAGCGACAUGUUACUGUGCCUUCAUCCUCCCUCUUUAAAUUAUUUUAUACAUCUAAUGCCGUUUAAAGGGACUGUUAGUGGUGCCUUAUACACAUCUGAAAGUAAAUGUAUUUUUUAGUUUUAUACGUGUAAUGUUUCAUACAAAUGCAGUUCAAAGUGAUAUACAUGAUAAUUACAGCCAUGGAAAUGAUAUAUCGCAGCAUUAAAAAAAAGGGUUGUAGUACAUGAACUGUGUGUGUGAUGGUUGAAUAACUGAAUAACUGGCCUAUGAACCUGCUAGUGGUGUCACCAUCACAAUAUGAGUUUGGUUCCUUUAGACCCAAAAUCGUUCCUCAUCUUAAAACUGUGCCUGAUUCAAAAAUACUUUCUCCAUUUUAGUACAUAGGGUGAAAAUGACAGGAACUACUGCAGUUUGCUGUGCGUUCACAUAGGCAAUGCAGCAAAUCAUGGCACGAAAUGCCAGUGAAGUGUGAAGUGUGUAUACUAUAGUUAAGAGUUAUAUCAACCAUUUACAACAAUGUACACUUGGAGGCGAACCCGAGACAAAAGGUCACAUUUCUUACUAGCAAACAUGUAUUUUAUUGAAUCCUCAGGGACUUUAAGAUGAACAGGUUGAAGUGAAUAAGAAAAAUAAAAAUGCUUCCCAUUAUAAAAAUAGCAAACAUGUAGGCUUAGGUUAGCUGUGUUUUUAUUUGUCUGAGACUUUAACAUUUCACAAAAUAAACUGUAAAAUAAAACACGCUAAGAUAUGGUAUCUGGGUGACGGUUCAACAAAUCGAUUUCUGGAAGUUGUGAAUUCAGAAGCUGCAUUGUAACAUCAACCUAUAGACACUGUUUGCGGCUUUCAGGUAUAAAACAUACAGAAAGUCCCAGAAUGUGUUAAUUACAGAUCACAUUCCCAGCCGAGUAGGAUGCCAGUGAGAUGUAUUUUUUGCACCUUGACUCUCGACUCCCUCUGGUCCAAGACUCUUGUGUACCACAUGCAGGAUUACAGCCUCCCAGUCCGCCUCUCUGCAGCUCUUUCUUGCCAAAUGGUCCUCACAAGUGGUGCUUGCGAGCGCCAUCUUAAUUGCUCCAUUAACUGUUUGUGUGCUGGAAAACAAUACUUAAAGGAGAGGUCGGCCGAGGACGUGACCCCCAGUCGCUGCAAUUAUACCAAAAGUAGUGCCCAAUUAGCGCUCUCUGCAAUGUGACACUGUUGCUGUUUGUGUGAGCAACUUCAACUUCUCACGGUUAGUGACCGCUUCUCUCUGAUUUACAUAAUUGAGGGAUUGGUCAUUAAUGGAAAUGGCGUGUGAGAGGAUCCCAUUAAGAUAUGGAGUGAGAUCUGAUCAUCUCCUCUGCUCUGUGCUAUUUAUCUCCGGCUGCAUUGGCACAUUAGAAAUUAUUGGGAUUCUUAUCCUCGUAUUUAAUGGUGAAAUAUCGAAGUUUGCGACAGUGUGUGCAUGCAAGGUCUUACAGAAUUUGUUCACACAAAAGGCACAUUGUCUUUUGGAGGCUGUUUCCCCGUCCUGCCACUGAGGGGCAGUACAAAGACAGGCAGCUACAGCACUGUCAUUAUGUUCCAGCAAGAGGUUAUCACAUUAUUUGCUAUCAUCUAAAGGUAAUAACGGUGAAUUAAAGAUAAAAUAGAGACACCUCUCCAAUUUAAGUAAGCAAACAGCUCGGCAUUAUGGACAAUCAAAGAAAAUGCUGAAUACAUACUCAAUUAAAUGUGGUUAGAUAGUGGACAGUUACAUUUCAAAUGCAUUAAAAAUAUAUUUCUAAUCGUUUCUCAGGAGGAGAUUAGAGCAACGUUUAAAGUCCAGAGACAAUGAAGUGCAAAUCUGACUGUAACACCAGGUGAUAAAUUAUAAAAUCCAUUUGCAUCCAUCUUUACCUAAGAUAAAUAGGAUUCCAGUUAACAACCUCAGUGUUUUUCAAUUAUUUUUGAAUAUCCAAGUUAAAGUUGUGAUUAGUUUUGAAAGUUAAAUCCCUCUAGUACUAUCGCAAAAAAGUUGUUGGGACCAAAAGCUGUUUUCCCUCAAAGUCUCCCGCUAUCCACCAUCAUCAUCCAAUGUCUAAACUGUUGCUUUGCCGUCAUGUUUGGCACCGUAUUAAACUCUUUCAGAGCCCACUUGGAGGUCUUGUUUUCCUUUCCAAUUGCAGCUAAAAGAACCCAAUCUAUAAUUCGAGCAGCACAAUGUGAUAUCCCCUCGAAAACGCCAUACAGCGGCCUGCUUCAUGAAGUGUAAGUGAUCUUGAAUCCAUUAUUUAUGACCUCCUUUUGCUACCAUUACACUGAAGAGUGUGGACCCCGUUGUACACGACGCUGUUGUGCUAAACAGUUCUCCAGGCAGAAAAAAAAGGCCCUCGCGCCCUCACACUUGAAAUCAACUUUGAUUAAUGCUCGGCUCUGUCACGGCAUGCAACAUUUUA